GCCCUGAUAGGCUGAUACAGUGGUGCCCAUGACCCGCCCUACGAACUCGUAGGAACAUAUUCCCGCCAAAGAACACCCAGACAUUCGGUGAGGGCGCUCGAGCAAAGUCAAUCCAAACUGGGCCCGGAGUUACUGGCGCAUCCAACCGCUAUUUUCCUUGAAAAAGAAGACCAUUACUUAACCGCCUCACCCAAAGCUCAAUCUCUCACCGCCUGCUCCCACUUUCCGUACCUUCUUCACACAGCCAUUGCCGUGAACGAAAGAUUCUGCCUUUCUUUUCAGCUCUGAGAAAAAAUUGUAAACAUCACGAUCCGGUUGGUGACUGCAGAGUAAAGUUUUGUUGGAAGCUCAAUCAUCGGCAACGCGGCUUUGAUCUUUUAUUUGGAAUCCGAAUGGCAAUGUCAAAUGCGAUCGACCGAUUUCAGAAACUGAGUAUUGAAGGUUCACAUGGUAGUCAUGGAGGAAGUGAGAACGGGUCUGAUUUCAAAAACCCAGAGGAGGAAAGGAAGAGUGGAACUGGGACAUUGAAGAGCAAAUCAUAUAAAUUCAGGAAUUCCUUUAUUAAGAAUAAAAGCAGGUCAAGAAGUGAUUAUUCUGCCUUAGACGAUGGCGGGGAAGCCAAAAUGGUGGAAGCCGUAAGUGCUUUUCGGGAAGUUCUGUCCAUUGAAGGUCUACUUCCUGCAAGGCAUGAUGAUUAUCAUCUACUGUUGAGAUUUUUGAAAGCUAGAAAGUUUGACCUUGAGAAAGCAAAGAAAAUGUGGCAGGACAUGCUUCAAUGGAGGAGAGAUUUUGGGGCAGACACUAUUAUAGAGGAUUUUGUCUUCCCAGAAAGAAAUGAAGUGCUGCAAUACUAUCCUCAGGGCUAUCAUGGUGUAGAUAAGCUAGGGCGACCAAUAUAUAUUGAAAGAAUAGGAAAAAUAAAGCUGGACAAGGUCUUAGAUGUGACUACCCUGGACAGGUACAUACGAUACCAUGUCCAGGAGUUUGAAAAGUCUUUACACAUUCGGUUUCCUGCCUGCUCCAAAGCUGCAAAAAGACGCAUAGAUAAAAGCCUUACAAUUUUAGAUGUUGAAGGAGUGGCGAUGACAAAUUUAUCCAAACCUGUUCGAGAAGUUAUUAUGCGAUUGCAGAAGAUAGAUAAUGACAUUUAUCCAGAAACACUUGGCCAAAUGUUCAUAUUAAAUGCUGGUCCUGGAUUUAGGCUCGUUUGGAAUGUCCUCAAGCCUUUUCUUGACCCUGAGACCACUUCCAAGAUUCAUGUUCUAGGCAGCUGUUACCAACGCAAAUUGCUUGAAGUCAUCGAUGAAGGGGAGUUGCCGGAGUUGUUCGGAGGUAGAUGUAACUGUGCAGAGGAAGGGGGUUGUUUGGGGUCAGACAAAGGGCCGUGGAAAAAUUAACCCCCAUCAAAAUACCCCCAUCAAAAUAUAUAUAGUGGAGAUAUGGUGAAAUAGACGUUAUUUUGAACAUCUCUAUUACAGAUGAAGCAAAAAAAAUAUACUCCAUAAAGUUUUGAUGGGAAUGGACAAGAUGAUCUAAUUUUGUUAUGUAUAACGAACUUGACUUGUAUCCAUAUUUUAUUCAAUUUGAAGCACAGUAUCAAAUAUAGAGGUUUAUAAUAAUGUUACCACUUUGUUUUCUCAUUUCUAUACGAAUGAUGUCAAAGUUUCACUUGUUUUUAGAACGAUGGCAAGUGUUUCUGCUGUUUUAAAUUUAUCAAUUUAAGCUUUCUACAAACUGUAGGAACUCUUGGGAGGUGAAAUGCUUUUUCACUUUUUCAUAUGCGUUAUCCUGUGUGCAACAGAGCGAGUUCAAUUUAUUUUACGGAAACAAUGUUAUACUAGUAUAAGAAA